UGAACACAUCAAUUUGUGUCGCCAACAAGAUCAAGUGUUAAAAAUUUUAAUUUUUUGAUCGCAAUUUUCCCCCCGUCCUGAACGUGAGUGGACUUUUAAAAAAUGAUCAAACCUCAUGUGAUUUUUAUGCUAAUGAUGACUUAUGCAAUCACAUCAUCAUUAUCACAGUACGUUGAGUUUCAUAGAAAUCAUCGACUAAAGAAUGGACAGGAUGAUCACAAGAACAUCGAUUAUUCAUUCCGAUAUUACAUCGAUGAGCCGAACGGCGUAUCACUUGAUCAUUGGGAAAGGAAGCAAUUUGAUGGAAGUGUAAGUGGCGGUUAUGGAUAUCUCGAUCCAAAUGGUGUAGCACGAACUGUUCAUUACAAGGUUGAAGAUGACAAAGGAUUUGAGGCUAUAAUUAAAGUCGUCUCGCCAGGUGGUCUGUUUUACUUUCAACAACAACAUCAACUUCCAUUGCGACAACCGACGGUACCGUUUCAGCAUGCGAAACCUAUUAAUACACUGUAA